AUGCUCAGCGCAACCAGAGACGUUUGGAACUACAUCCCGGCAGAAAUUCUGGUUUACAUCUUUUCCUUCCUGCCUGUCCGAGGUCGGCUAGCCGCCUCACAUGUGUGCAAGCACUGGGAUGCUGUUGUUUGUACUGGUCCUGUCUGGACCUUUACAGAGAUCAAUUUUAACUCAGAGGACGAAGAAGACGAACGUUACAACAGGUUGUUGAGGUUGCAGCUGUUCCUGGGCCACAUCAGACGCCUGAAAGUUGUACUCGAUCUGUCCCUGGAGUUAAACCGGAAGUGCGUCAUCAACUUCCUGGAUAUGAUGGCUUGGAAGAGCCGCAAGUUACAGGCCUUGAUUAUAGUGUGUUUUGGAAAAAGCCCCUUCUUUUAUUCGGGCCAAGAUCUCCUGCGCAGUGUCUGGGGGCUUUGCCAAGGCACAGACAAGAUGGACCUUCAGUAUAUCGACUUGCGGAAAAUGCCUUUCACUCUCGACAACAAGAUCAUUGCAAUGAUCGCCUGCAGCAGCCCAAACUUGCGCACCUUGUUCAUCAACAGCCGCGCCCCAGGGGUCAUCAUCCUCAGGCAGGAGCCGGUCGUCGAGGUGCUGAGGGCCUGCCCAAAGCUCUCGACCUUGGGCAUCUCUUACACCAGCCUGUCGAAGGAUGUGUUUCAGGAACUGGGGAACCCAAACAGGGGACCCUUCAAGUGCCUGGAGCUCUUCUACGAAGGGCUGGACACCGACAUCCCCGAAGAGCUGUGGAUUAAGCUGAGAGAGAGACAUCCGCAGCUCCGAGUGGAGCUGGAGUUUGCUCCUACAGUCACUACCAGAAAGAUGCUUGAAAUCCUAAAGCCCAGCGUGCCCAUCUUUGUGCUGCAGUUUAACACCUUCACGCACGCGCCGGAUUUGGUGAGGCUGAUUACCAAAAGCUACAGCCGGACUUUAGAGAAGCUGGUCCUUUACACAGCUCCCUCGGCCCUGCUCAACUCCUUGCUCGUAGAAAUAGCCAAAGCAUGCACGCGCUUGAAGGAGAUCCAUUGCAACUGUGUGGUUAGCCCAGACGUGAUCAGCGCUUUCCUCCGGCACUGCCCGGGUUUGAGAAGGUACACGCUGUCGCCGCUGGUGCUUUUCCGUGACGCUCCCAUGACGGUGGUCAGGUGA